ACACGCAAACUCUACGUAGCUGUUAUCCACUGCAUUCCCUUUCGAGAUUCCGUAAGAUUUUGUAAGUGAAGAGCAUCGAGACAAUCAUGGGCAAGAAGGACCGAGACAGUUCAAAGCCUCGUGGACGUAUGUCUGCAUACGCUUACUUUGUACAGGAUUCCAGAGCAGAGCAUGGCAAGAACCACCCUAACAGUCCUGUCAGGUUUGCAGAGUUCUCCAAAGAUUGCUCAGCAAGAUGGAAGGCUCUGGAGGAGAAGGGAAAGGGUGUUUUCCAUGAGAAGUCUAUGCGUGACAAGGUUCGAUACGAUCGUGAGAUGCAGUCCUACAAGCCUCCUAAGGGUGAGAAGAACAAGAGAAGACGUCGCAGGAAAGACCCAGAUGCACCCAAGAGGAAUCUGUCAGCAUUCUUCAUCUUCAGUGGAGAGAACAGAGCAGCCAUAAAGAGUGUUCAUCCCAACUGGUCUGUGGGUGAUAUCGCCAAAGAACUGGCCGUCAGGUGGAGAGCUAUGACUGCUGGGGAAAAGAUUCCGUUUGACAAAGGUGCUGCUAAGGACAAGGAGAGAUACAUCAAGGCCAUGGCCGAGUACAAGGCAAAGGCAAAACCCAUGAAGCGUCAAGUCAAGGAAUCCUCCAGCUCAAGUUCCUCUGAUUCCAGCUCCGAUGAUUCAAGUUCAGAUGAUAGCGAUUAGAUGAGUGGUGUGACGCCACCUCUCAUGGCUGUUGUAGUGAAACAACUCACUUUAAGAGAGAGAGAGAGAAGGAGUGACCACCUGGCGGCUAGCAUUGUUUGUAGGCCACCAUAGAAUAUUUCAUUUGUGCAUAUGUUUUCCUAAAUUGUCUUUGUAGGUCUCGUUUCUUCCUAUUUCAUGAAGCCCCAUCGUUUAAUGAAAUCAAUUUAAUGGUAUCACUACAAGGGCAUGCUUAUUUGCAGGUUUGUCUGCAUUGUUUUGCCUUGCUGCUUGUACCCAAGCGUGUGGGAGAAAGAAAGAAAGGUGGUUUGGAGGCAUUGUUACGCUUUCUUAUGUUUUGACAAGUUGAGAGAGAAUGCUUCCUCAAAAUUAAUCUUGCCAUGAAUAGUCAUGUAUCUCAUGUUUUCCAUGGUAUUUUUAACAAUGAUGGCUGAUUGUAUUGUUGUAUAUAUGCCAAAUUUUUGUAUCUGUUCAGGAAAACAUAUUGCACCCUUUAUACAGACCUAGGUAGUUGCGUCUGUUUGGAUAUGUUGGAAAAUGUCCAUAAAUGGGUCAAUCUUUUAUUCAAAAUCUCUUUUCUCUAAUUGAUUUUGCUUUCAGCACAUAUACUCAGUAGCUUGGAAUUAUGUAAAAUCUGAUGCUGUUCAAAUAAGAUAAGCAUAGUUUAUCAUUUUCAUCACUUUACCAGAACAAAUUUUGGGAACUUUUUGUACCUGUUCGGAGAAUACCUUUUUAAAGUGAAAUCUUGACUUGUAUUUUGAAUGAUUGAUAAUGUGCUGAUUUUUAGUUGAACGAUACUCGUCAGCACUCCAUUAUUUUUUAAGCAACUCUUAGCAGUAUUAAGUGUGAAAUAUUGGGUGAGUAACUUGGUAGGACAGCAGUGUAAAAAAAAAAAACCGCUUUCCCCUACCCUUCAGUUUUGUGAUAUAUUUUCCUGCUCUAAUACUUCUGCUAAACUUAUAUAAACUUGCUAUAUGUAUUUAAUUGUGUGAUUGUUUUUUUUAAUGGCUCUAUGUAUAAAUCUUGUGAUUUUCGCAAG